GCCCGCCCGGCCCCGCGCGCCUCCUCGGCCAGCCCGGUCCCGCCCCGCCGGCCGCGGCGCCCAGGCCCCUGCCCGGAGCGCCGCCCGCGCGCACUUGGCAGCAUGUCGCGGCGCAAGCAGGCCAAGCCCCAGCACCUCCGCUCGGACGAGGAGCGGCCGCCGCCCGACGCGCUCCCGGAGCACGCGGCCCCCGGGGAAGGCGCCGCGGACGGCGACAGCGGCAGCGAGAGCAGGAGCGGGAGCGACGAGCCCAGCGUGUGCGAGCAGUGCUGCGCGGAGUUCUUCCAGUGGGCGGACUUGCUGGCGCACAAGCGGAGCUGCGCCAAGAGCCCGCUGGUUCUCAUCGUGAAGGAAGAUGAGGCGGCGCCGCCCUCCGAGGGGUUUCCGGAGCCUUCUCCGGGCAGCUCCCCCAGCGAGCGGGCGGAGAGCGAGGCGGCCGAGGAGGCGGGCGCGGGCGGCGCGCUGAGGGGGGAGGCCGAGGCGGAGCCCAUGGAGGUGCAGCCCCCCGGGGACAAGGGCGCCGAUGCGAGCGCGCACACGCCCCUGGCCCCGGGCCCCGAGCCGCCGGCCGCCGGCGCCUACGCCCUGCCCAGCACCAACGUGACGCUGGAGACGCUGCUCGGCACCAAGGUGGCCGUGGCGCAGUUCUCGCAGGGCGCGCGCGCGGCGGGCGGCGCGGGCCCCGGGGGCGCGGUGGCGGCGGUGGCCGUGCCCAUGAUCCUGGAGCAGCUGAUGGCGCUGCAGCAGCAGCAGAUCCACCAGCUGCAGCUCAUCGAGCAGAUCCGCAGCCAGGUGGCCCUGAUGAGCCGCCAGCCGCUCCGGCCGCCCCUCAACCCCGCCGGCGCCCCGGGCGCGCCCCCCGCGACGCCACAAGGCUUUUCGGCGCCCUGCAGCUGCAAACGGGAAAGGAGACGAACAAGCGCACGAAACGGGAGCAAAACGGACUUAGAGGGCGACACGCUGCCGACCAGACCGAGGACGGCCACGGCGCCCAGGAGCGCGCCCAGCGGCGGCCCCGCAGCCCCGGCCGAGCCCAGCGCGCCCUCAGCCUCCAGCGCGGCGGCCGCGCCGCCGGUGUCCUCCUCGGUGGCCACGGGGGCCUCGGCCCUGAGUGCCGCCUCUCAGCCGCAGGGCGCCCCGACGCCGCCUGGCCUGGCGCCCGGAGCCCUCCUCGCCUCGCCCGCCGGCCUGCCAAACCCGCUUCUACCUCAGACCUCGGCGAGCAGCGUGAUCUUUCCCAACCCACUCGUGAGCAUUGCCGCCACAGCCAAUGCACUGGACCCUUUGUCCGCCCUCAUGAAGCACCGCAAGGGCAAACCCCCCAACGUGUCGGUGUUCGAGCCCAAGGCCAGCUCCGAGGACCCCUUCUUCAAGCAUAAGUGCAGGUUCUGUGCCAAGGUCUUUGGCAGUGACAGUGCCCUGCAGAUCCACCUGCGCUCGCACACGGGCGAGAGGCCUUUCAAGUGUAAUAUUUGUGGGAAUCGCUUCUCCACAAAGGGGAACCUGAAAGUCCACUUCCAGAGGCAUAAGGAAAAGUACCCCCACAUCCAGAUGAACCCUUAUCCAGUUCCGGAAUACCUUGACAAUGUCCCCACUUGCUCUGGAAUCCCCUACGGAAUGUCACUGCCUCCGGAGAAGCCGGUGACCACCUGGCUGGACAGCAAGCCCGUCUUGCCCACUGUCCCCACAUCCAUCGGGCUGCAGCUGCCCCCCUCCAUGCCUGGCGUGGGCAGCUUGGCCGACUCCCCCAACAUCACCCCAGUGGGCCGCUCCCCACAGAGACCCUCUCCUGCCUCCAGCGAAUGCAUGUCCUUGUCUCCUGGCCUCAACCGCCCCGAAUCGGCCGGCCCGGUGACGGCUGGAUCCCCCCAGCCAAUUCUCACUGGGGCUUCUCUGACGAAAGCCGAGCCUGCCGGCUUGCCUCCCGCCAGCACAAGGGCAGGAGACGUGCCCAUCAGUGGGCAGGUCACGGCUGCCUCCACUCCACUGGCUCCCGCAGUCACCGACAGCGGUGUCACCAUUAGCCUCUCCAGCCCAGUCCCUCCGGCCAUCUCUGAGCAGUUCAAGGCAAAGUUUCCGUUCGGUGGUCUGCUGGACUCCAUGCAGACGUCAGAGACCUCAAAACUGCAGCAGCUGGUGGAGAACAUCGACAAGAAGAUGACAGAUCCCAAUCAGUGCGUCAUUUGCCACCGGGUGCUGAGCUGCCAGAGUGCCCUGAAGAUGCACUACAGAACGCACACUGGGGAAAGGCCGUUUAAGUGCAAAAUCUGCGGGCGCGCCUUCACCACAAAAGGCAACCUCAAAACACAUUUUGGCGUCCACCGAGCAAAGCCGCCACUCAGGGUGCAGCACUCCUGUCCCAUCUGUCAAAAGAAAUUCACAAACGCCGUUGUUCUCCAGCAGCACAUUCGAAUGCACAUGGGGGGGCAGAUCCCCAACACGCCGCUGCCCGAGGGCUUCCAGGACUCCGUGGACUCGGAGCUGCCCUACGAUGACAAGAACGCGGAAACCUUGAGCAGCUACGAGGACGACAUGGACGAGAACUCCCUGGAGGAGGACCCGGAGCUCAAGGACACGGCCAGCGACUCGUCCAAGCCGCUGCUGUCCUACUCGGGCUCCCGCCCUCCGUCGCCUCCCUCGGUGAUCUCCAGCAUCGCCGCCCUGGAGAACCAGAUGAAGAUGAUCGACUCCGUCAUGAGCUGUCCGCAGCUGACCGGCUUGAAAUCCAUGGAAAAUGGGUCCGGGGGCAGCGACCAGCUGAGCAGCGACUCUCUGUCUGCGGUGGGCGACCUGGAGAGCCGGAGCGCGGGCAGUCCGGCCACGUCCGAGUCCUCGUCCUCCAUGCAGGCCCUGUCCCCGAUGAACAGCAACGGCGAUGGCUUCCCGUGCAGGUCCCCCGGCCUGGGCAACCAGGAGGAGCUGCAGGAAAUGCCCCUAAAGACAGAAAAGCCGGACAGCCCCCCGCCUGCUCCCGAAAACGGAGGUGCCCUGGACCUGACGGCCGCCAACCCCGGCCGGCCCGUCGUCAAGGAAGAGGCCCCCUUUAGCCUGCUGUUCCUGAACAGGGAGCGCGGUCCCAGACAAAGCUCUCCUAGCCUGGUGACCGGUGCUACGCCCACCAUGAUCAAAAUGGAAGUGAACGGCCACGGCAAGCCGGCGCCGCUGGGCGAGGGCCCCCUGCUCCCCGCUGGCCUCCAGGUCCCCGCCGGGCCCCAGACCACGCUGACCCCCGGCAUCACCCCCCUGCUGGCCCCCCCGCCGCGCCGCACCCCCAAGCAGCACAACUGUCAGUCAUGCGGGAAGACCUUCUCCUCGGCGAGCGCGCUGCAGAUUCACGAGCGCACGCACACGGGUGAAAAGCCAUUUGGUUGCACAAUCUGUGGUAGAGCGUUUACCACCAAGGGGAACCUCAAGGUUCACAUGGGAACCCACAUGUGGAAUAACGCCCCUGCCAGACGCGGCCGCCGGCUCUCGGUGGAAAACCCCAUGGCGCUGCUGGGGGGCGACGCCCUCAAGUUCUCUGAAAUGUUCCAGAAGGAUCUGGCAGCCCGAGCAAUGAAUGCUGACCCCAGUUUUUGGAACCAGUAUGCUGCGGCCAUCACCAACGGUCUCGCCAUGAAGAACAAUGAGAUCUCCGUCAUUCAGAACGGAGGCAUCCCCCAGCUCCCCGUAAGUUUGGGCGGCAGCGCCAUCCCUCCUCUGGGCAGCGUGGCCGGGGGGAUGGACAAAGCGCGCACCGGCUGCAGCCCACCCGUGGUCGGUUUGGACAAAGCAAGUUCAGACACGGGAGCCAGCCGGCCGUUCACGAGGUUUAUCGAGGACGGCAAGGAGCUGGGCAUCAACUAGGCGUGUGGGCUCGGACCUGGUCCAUGUCUUCUGAGGUUGGAGCGCUAGCCAGGACUUACACGCUUAGGUUCUCUUUAAAACUUUACCCACAGCAGAGAAGCCACGGGUGGCUGCUGGGAAGUUGUCUUGUGCGAGCUGCAUGGUACUUCUUUCAACGUGAGUCUGACUGUUACUGAGAACUCCACAACCAUUUCAGUAAAUCUAAGUCACAAAAGAAGUCGUUGGAAAACCACGCCGGGACCAGAAGCUUAGAACACAUCCACGUUGUCUCUCCUCCCAAGAGGGAAGAAAGGGGUUUCCCUGCGGCACUCCAGUCAAACCUAUCUGGUGGUUUUGUUCAGAUUAUUUAGACACUCGAACCAAGUUUUUAGGAGUCUUAAUCUUACAGCAGUGAUUGAAAACCCCAAUGCAGUGUAUUAAUACAGUAUCUGCGUCAGUAGUAUUUAUAAAUGUUAAGAUUAUGCGGGUAACAGACAAUAUAAUAGCCCCAACCUUUAAUGAAGCUUUUGUACUGCAGAAUACACCUGGCUAUGUGGUUUUUGUUUUUUUUUAAAGCAAGGUCUGUUAUACUAUAAGUGGAUUAUUUCAAUGCAGGCAAAAUUGUGACGUUUUAUUGGGAAAGAUAGCAUGCUUUUCAUGUGCAAGUACCUGUCAGUAACAAACUUUUUUUAUUUAAAUGUUUGUAGCUGCUGUGUGGACAUUGUUGUAUGAAAUGAAAAAAUGUAGUAUGGUCUGUAGCUCAACGAUUGGAAAAACCAGUUACAGACAAACAUCACCCUAAAUUAUUCACAACAUUAUAAACAGUUGUGAGUAACUGUUUCACGUUAUCAGAGCUGUACAAUAAAAAGGUAAUGUUUGUAUAAUGUGGUUGCAAACUCUUAAUUUAUACUGUUGCACUUUUAGUAUUUUGUAUUAGGGAGGUUUGUCUAUAAUUUGAAAAUUUAAAAAAAAGAUGUAAAGUAUUUUAUAAAUAGUACUUUGGUUUAAGGAAAAUGAAAAAAAAAACUGUUACAGUUUCUUGUUUUGUGAUAAGGUAAAACAAUAUGAGAAAUCUAUGCUACUUAAACAGAAAAGCCACCGAGAUUUGUCAGCUCCUCAACAAAAUAGGGCCUGCCAGUUCUUAAAAUGAUUUAUUUAGCUUUACUACAAAACCCAUUUAAACCUGUGACCACCCCUAACACGUAACUUCGAUGAAUUAAUCUUGGACUGUGACAUCAGUACCAGCCAGGAAAUAACUAGAGAGAGCAUUGUGGAGGUAUAAUUUUACUGUAAACUAGCGUGUCUCUUUCUCACAUACCCACCCAGACAAGACGCUGACUGCCAAAUAGCACUGGUUAUUGUGUACAAUAAACUGGAAAGAAAUAUUAAGUAUCUGGCAGUAUAAUCAGUCAUAACUUGAAAAUUUUCUGAAUUCCUGAUUUAUUUAUUAUCUUCUCAGAUUGAGACAAAGCACAGUGUCCUCUGAUUACUCAAAACUACAAUUUCGGCUGAUUUACUUUGUUCAAAUUGCCUCAAUAACUAAAGGGAUGGGUUCCACCGUGAGCCAGUAUGCUUGUAGGCUGGGGCAAAAUCUAAACUUGAAGAGAAAACGUUUUGUGUACUACCUCAUUUUUGUGCAUCGCAAGCGGGAUGGAACCUGACACCCUGAGCUCCCUCCCAGCAGAAUUGUUGAAGGGAUAUCGCGGGUGGCUACGUAACAGUGCAAGGAGUUGUAUUAUCACCCCUGGAGAAUCAGUGAAGUCUUCUCAGUUAAAACAGAAAAAUAGAACAAUCUAUUUCUAAUACAGCAACAAAAAAAAAAUCACUGUAAGAGGUCAGGCUAUUUCUGCCAUCACGUAAUUGAACAAAAAGAAUUUUGAGGACUCACUAGCGGUUUAUUUCUAUUGGAAAUGAACACUGAACUGUACAACUCUGUUUUCUACAUUGACGAGGUGGAACAGCCCUGUAUCGUACCAUGUUUGAUCACAAGAUGAUUUAUUUGGGGGUGUUUCAGGCAUUGGGAAGAGAAAACCAAGGUGGCUUGAUGUUGCUGUAUUUCAGCAGUUGAAUGUUUUCAUUAUUUAUCUGUGUCCUUUUUUGGUGUGAAUUGUUCUUGGUGUGUGUUUUGUGUUUUUUGUUUUCGUUUUUGUUUUGUUUUGUAUUUUUGGUUAGUCUUUGGUACCAUGUAGUGUUAUCUGUCCUCCCAAAAGGAUGUGUAUAUAACGUAAAGAAGAGAAAUGUACAGUGUUGUAAAUAAGACGGCCCCCGUGGCAGGUGAGGCUGAGCUGCUCGGCGUCCGGGGCAGCCCCCACUCUGCGUGGCAAAGAGAGACACUAUUUUUAUACUGUGGUGCCACGCAGGGCCAGGGGCCUCCCGAGCCAGCUGGGGUUGUUCUCUAGAUCCGAUAUUUUUUAUUAUCAAAUCUUGUGGCUCGACACAUCUACUGACUGAAAUGGAUGUCUUAGUCUAGGUUACUAUUUUUGUCAUAUGGAAUUGAAUAAAAUGCAGGAUGUAAUAUUAUUUCUGAAUUGCAUUCCUUGAUUAUUCUAAUGGAAAAAGUGGACGUUGAGGUGGUGGUCAUUUGUGGUGGGUGUAUGUCAGUGAUGUUUCUCCAAGGAAAGUCAACAAAGGGUUGAUGGUUUAGAUUUUAAGCAGUAUCUCAGUGUGUCUUGAUUGGUCUCGAAAUUGUUAUUUUUUACUUUUUUCUAAAAUGAAAAUGCAGCCUCUUGAUUGUGGAUGUUUUAGAUCUAUGAUGGAAGAAGGUAGAGUAGAAAAUGCCUAGGUAUUGGAAACCUGAUAAUGUCCAAAAAUGACUACUCUCUGAAUUACCUUCCCAUUGUCGGGAUUAAGUGAAAAUAUUGACUCUUUGGGUCACUCAGACAAGUACAGGUGGAUCAGAUCACGUGCUUGGAGAGGAGAUGGAGAGACAUUUUCAGGGCACUACUAAGCAGAAGCAGCAGGCAGCACUGAGAUCACUGAAUUCAGUACCUUAGCUGUUAAUGCCAAGUGGAGGACGCCCUUCAUUUUAAAAUAAGCUCUGCCUUUGACAAAUAGCUCCAGGAUAUUAAAAUAUAUAAUUCAUUUCUUUCUUCUUAAAAAAAAACUUUUGAAAAAAAACAUAACUGCUGUUACUUAGAAGCCACAGUAAUUUUUACCUGGGUAGUGCCGGGUGCUGUUAAAGGAGCUAACCACAGCCUAACCGUGGCCACGCCAGCCUUCUGGCUGCUAUCGAAAGCCUUAGAAAUUAAACCGUGUGGCUUCAUGCUAGGCUAGAUACUGUGAAAUGUGAACUGACUGAAUCAGAAACUAAGUUUAAUUUUUUUAACACAGGGAAAUAAAGAUUCCUCCAAUCUUUAGAAAUUAGCAUAAAUUAGAAUGCAGGAGAAGGGGAUUUGCUUCUCAUAUUUAAAAAAUAUUUUGAGACAUAAGAUUGGGGGUGUGAUGGCUUAUUUGACAAGCUUGGGUCACUCUGUCACAUCAACCCCGCAGUCACUCAAAGAAUCAUAAAUGUCAGCAAUCCCUAAAAAUUAUUUAUUUAAAUACACUUCUAAGUUCAUUACAGGACCCAUUAGCAUUUAGAACUAAUUACAGAUAUUGCUUUCGGGCUAAAAAGCAAUUGUUUUUAAACUCUCCACUGCUUAAUUUUAUCCCCAUGGAAGCCGAAAGUGGUGUGGGUUCCUGCACCUGCUUUUGCUCGGUGCUUGGCAGAUAUUUCCCAGAUCCUCCUCGUCUCCCACAAAGCCACAGCACACCUCCUGCGUGUUUCUGUAUUAUAGGCUGCACUUCUGUUUCCCACCCGGCCAACAUCAGGUCACUGCCUUCGCUGGCUAUUGGUCCCAUGCCGCCGAAGCCCACCCUCGGACUCCCUUCCUCAGACUCCCUGUGUGGCCUCUGGGCUCGGCGUCUGGUUCCUGGGGCCAGGGCAGGGAGCCGAGCACUCGUUCUUCCUUGGAAAAGUUUCUGACAACAGGUGCUUCAUUGGAAAGAGAGGGCUUGACACAUUGAUGUCAGCAGGUCUAUUUGCUGUUUUUACCAAUGUGACAAUUGGUUCUACAAAAUAUUCUAUGCCAUGCUAGGAAGAAAAUUAAAUUCCCUUUGGCCUUUUCACUUAGGAAAUAUCAGGUAAUAUGUCUUAGCAUCCUUCACGGAGGGAGGACCUUACAGUGAAACCGCGGCGGAGUGCAUCUUCCUGCCCUCCGCUCCUCGGCACCACUGUACCAAGCAAAUGGUGUUUGCCCCCGGGGCACGAGGGGAGGGGACUGGAGAGGGUCCACGGGAGACUUGCUUGUCCCCUGGCUUUGCCGCGUCACUCGCCAAACUCUUUUGCUCCCUGGGUCUGUUUCCUUUUCUGUAAGAAGGGGGUAGAAUUUCAUGGUUAUUAAAAUCCUUCCCACUUGUAAAAUUCUGUUGUUUUUUUUUUCAAAGAACUACUACUAACAUACCCUCUUUUCUGCCCAACCCCAAAUCCAUGAGACAGACUAAUUCAUAACAUUUAUAUAUAGAGAGAGAAAAUAUGAAUGUUACCCAAGAGUAUUUUGCCAUAGAUGUGAACAGUGGAUCUGAUGACUUCACUAAAAAAAACUGUGGAAUAAUUUUUGGACCAUGAAAAAUGUGUUGCUAACUGAUAUUUUUAAAGCCUUUAAACUUAUCAGAGCUUUUUAAAAUGCAGCUAUAUUUAAGGUAAAAUAAAAGCAAGCUCUGUGAAUAUUAUGCAUACUGCAUUUUCUAUUAGAAAAAAGACUUUUAGCGAGGUGAUUUGUUUCAUGGGUAUUGCACAAGUACACAUACAGCUCUUCAUUCAGAAACGUACGCAAGUGAAAGCAGUGGUCACUUCUUCGAAUGUUCUUUAGUAAAAGAUUAGGUAACCUAAACAAUUAGCAUUAGUUUUACAGUCCUAAUCUAUAAUUAUGCCUGCAUUUUUUGGUCUGGAUUUCUUUGGAAGUAUUACAGAUUGUAUUUUGGAAUACAUCCCCCUCUAGCUCAUCCACUUACUAUUUAACCCAGCAUUUCACUGAAUCCUGGAAUGCCCCAGUGGAAAAUAAAAAGAACGGUGGUGAGACAGGAAAAAGAAGAAAGAUAUGUUGUUGAUAUAAGAGUACACGUGUUAUGGUAUGUCAAAAGUUAUCAAUAAAUGGAAAACAAAUGAUUCAUUUUUUUUUAAGGACAUUUCCACAAAGUGGAAGAUGCAAGCACCUAUUCCCACCAGGAUGACUCACUCAUGUAUGUGACUCAAACAUGUUGAAAUAAAUGUCUGAU